AUGCAAAAGAUUGCGCUGCGCAGAAUCAUCCAAGAAGGGUCAAGCAGCGGACAAGUGAGGAAGACUCCUGAAGACCGCCAGAGGACUCCUGAAGACACCAGAGACCUCGCUAAAGCCAGAUCAGUGUGUGUCACGGUGUUGCCAAACCAUUCCUCGCCACCACCAAACCUUUCGCAGAUCAGCCACACGCUCGCACAGACGAGCCGAGGCUCCCCGCGGCCGCGGGAGCUUCGUGCCCGCGCGGACCUGCGGGCUCCCGGCCUGCGGCAGCCUGAUGGGAUAAGGCGCGGCCGGCCGAGGGCAGACACCGUCCGCGACCUGAUCCAUGAAGGAGAGCACUCUUCCAGCAGAAUACGUUGCAAUAUCUGCAACAGGGUCUUUCCACGAGAGAAGUCGCUGCAGGCCCACAAACGAACUCAUACCGGUGAAAGGCCUUAUUUGUGUGACUACCCAGAUUGUGGGAAAGCCUUUGUUCAGAGUGGGCAGCUCAAAACUCACCAGCGUCUCCACACAGGGGAGAAACCUUUCGUCUGCUCCGAGAAUGGCUGUUUAAGCAGAUUCACGCAUGCAAACCGUCAUUGCCCCAAACAUCCAUAUGCCCGACUGAAGAGGGAAGAGCUCACAGACAGGCUGACUAAGAAGCAGACAGCUGACAAUAAAGCUGUGGCUGAGUGGCUAGCAAAAUACUGGGAGACUAGAGAACAGCGUGCUCCUGCUUUGAAAACUAAAACAAUCCAGAAAACAGAUCAGGAACAGCAGGACCCGAUGGAAUAUCUUCAAUCUGAUGAAGAGGAGGAUGAAGAGAAAAACAGCGCUCAUUCAGCUGCCUGCCGCCGCCUCCAGGAACAGCGUGAGCGCAUGCAUGGUGCGCUGGCUCUCAUUGAGCUUGCAAACCUAGCUGUGGCACCCAUGUGACAAUAGAUAGGAACAGAGUCUGCCUAUACAAAGCGUACUUCCUGGUGGUACUUAACCAGUUAGAUCCUGAGCAUAAGCUAAGCACCUUAUUUGCUUAUCAUAGGCUGCUAUUCUGUAGAAUUUAUGAAGAAUGUUGUUGCCCCAUAACAUGGGGUGAGAGAAUUGCACUUUUUGUAAGGUAAAAGACAGAUGUAAAGUUUCUAAGUAUUUUGUAAAUACAGGACUGCAUAAUGCAGGGUUGACAAA